AUAUUUUUUUUUUCUGAUGUUAACAACUGGUCACACUCAUCGUAAACAAGUUUUGGGAAGCAAUUGCUGUAAAUCCGCAUAAAAAUAUUUGCUUUUGCAUUAUUGGGUAAAAUGCUUAAGCUUUGUGUUCAAGGGUUACAACAUACGCGUGCCUUGUCCUCGGCCACUGCAUCGGUGACGCGGUUGCAUCGUUCUGUAUACUGCCGCAUUUAUCCGACGGUUGUGGUACAUCCGGACGGAUCCACUAUUAACAUUCGAUAUCAUGAGCCCCGCAAAAUAAUAAAACUGCCAUUGGAUCUGAGUACAUUGUCCGAUUUGGAGCGCAAGUCACGCUUAGAGGCCCGAAAGCCGCGAAAAAAAGUCAAGAUUAUGGAUGAAGUGGAGGAUAAUUUUAAUGCCAAAAAGUAUAUGAAAUAUAUAAAAAUGAACAAGUAAA